UUAGGAGACGGCUGAAGGCGGAGGGAUGGAUCCUCCUUUGGACCAAAAUACAUCCGACGGCGCGUCGUAAGCGUGGCGGCUCUUAUGACGUUAUGCGGCCCUCAACCAAUCAGAAGCCGUGGAACGAGAGGCUGCUUGGGUUUGAAUUUGGUGGCUCGCUGAAGCUAGCGAGCGAGCGUGGAGGCGGCGGCGGUGGCGACGCCCGAAGAAGCGGCGCGGGCUGCUGAUCAGCAAGGAGGGUCCCUAAUGCCCGGGCAUCUGCUUGGCCGUCCAGAGAACAGGAUACAGGACUAGCAGAAGAAACUGGAUUUACUUUAUAUGACAAAUCUUCCCCAGACACCAUAACUGCCUUUCGUAAUGUCUACUACUGUUCAAGAAGAUGUCUGCAAUCACGUGAAGGUAGUGGUCCGCGUUCGUCCAGAAAGUCAGAAAGAGAGAGAUGGCAACUUCAGGAAAGUGCUCCAAGUUGUCGAUAAGCAUAUGUUGGUCUUUGAUCCCAAAGUGGAGGAAGUCAGUUUCUUUCAUGGGAAAAAAGUUCCAUGCCGUGAUCUUAACAAGAGGCAAAACAAGGACCUCAAAUUUGUGUUUGAUGCUGUAUUUGACGAAGAUUCUUCUCAGCUGGAGGUCUUUGAAGACACUACCCUGACCAUGCUGGAUGGCUUUUUAAAUGGAUAUAAUUGCACAGUGCUUGCUUAUGGUGCAACUGGAGCUGGGAAGACUCAUACGAUGCUGGGCUCCCAGGAAGACCCUGGAGUGAUGUAUCGGACCAUGUUGGAGCUCUACAAUGCCAUAGAGCGGAUGAAGGAGGAGAAGCAUUGCGCUAUUGCCGUUUCUUACCUUGAGGUCUACAAUGAGAAGAUACAUGAUUUGCUUGUAAGUUCAGGACCACUGGCUGUUCGAGAAGAUCCUCAAAAAGGAGUGCUGGUUCAUGGGUUAACAAUGCAUCAGCCGAAGUCUGCCAUGGAGAUCUUGCAAAUAUUGGACUAUGGAAACAAAAACAGAACACAGCAUCCCACUGAUGUGAAUGCCUCCUCAUCUCGGUCCCAUGCUGUCUUUCAGAUCUAUUUGAGACAACAAGACAGGACAGCAUGUAUCAAUCAAAAUGUCCGUAUUGCCAAAAUGUGCCUCAUUGACUUGGCAGGCUCAGAACGUGCCAGCGCCACCAAGACCAAGGGAGCUCGUUUUAGAGAAGGGGCAAAUAUUAAUCGCUCACUGCUAGCCCUUGGCAAUAUCAUUAAUGCUCUGGCAGACCCAAAAAAGAAGAACCAGCACAUUCCUUAUCGGAACAGCAAGCUUACUCGUUUACUGAAGGAUUCUCUAGGAGGAAAUUGUCGCACGAUAAUUAUAGCUGCUGUUAGUCCUUCUUCUCUGUUCUAUGAUGACACAUAUAACACUCUUAAAUAUGCCAAUCGAGCCAAGGACAUCAAAUCCUCUCUGAAGAGCAAUGUAGUAAGCUUGGAUAGCCAUAUAAGCCAAUACGUUAAGAUUUGUGAAGAACAAAAGAAAGAGAUCAUAAUGCUGAAAGAGAAACUACGAGUCCUUGAGUUGGAAAAAACAUCUUCUCCUGACAGGCAUGCCACAGACCAACAACAGAUGGAAAUUUCAAGGUUUAGAGAAAUUUUGAAGUGCGUGUUCGCAAAUCGAGAGGAAAUCAGGCAAGAAUUUCUGAAGCUGGAACUGCGCCAUAAAGAAAACAUCCUGAAAACCCAUUAUCAAAAAAAUUGUCAUGAACAAAUUGAAAUGAUGUGCGCUCCGGAGAGAAUGGAGAGGGCGACUGACAAGCACGACCACCGGCUUGCGUUACUUAAAACCCGUCGCUUGCAAAUAGAGCAGAGGGAAACGGAAGAGACUAAACGCUUAGAGGACAACACUAAUUGGUUGCACCGGGUCGAAAACGAAAUGCGCCUCCUAGGUCAAGAUGGCCAGAUUCCUCAGGAGCUCAACCGAGAUCUGCAGUACUUCCAUUUGAAGUUGGAAGUGAAGGAUUUGAGAACUCAGGCCGAAUACAUGAGGACUCUUGCAUCCCUCCAAGAACAGCAAUAUAAACAGACAGAAAAAAUACUAAGUGCUUUGCUUUCUGUUAUAAGAAAGCAGUACGUAGCUUUGAAAACAGCAGGGUUAGCAAACAGUGCUAUUGAGGAUGACUUCAAGGCUUUUGAGCAGCUGAUUCACAGAGAGAAAGCCGUUGUCUGGGCUGACCAGAUGACUGAAAAAGAACCAAAACAAAAUGAUUCACCAGUGAUGUCUGCUAUCAUGGCCUUUCCACAACUUGUGAGUUACCAGAAUACUCCUUGCCGUAUGCCAUCAGAGAAAGUUAAGACCCAUGUGGAACUUGAGGCAGAAUACGGAGUACCUCCUAAUAAAAGAAUAAGGCGGAAAUUGAUGGAGUCUCCCAUGGCACUGCAAAGUCCUCAGCAAUCCAGUCGGCCAAGCCCUAAUCACCUGGUGGAUUCCAUCAGCAAAGAAUUCCACCCCAUUCUGUAUACACCCAAGGGCUGCCAGAAGCCUGUGGAGAACCUGCGUACUGAGACUGUGGUAAAGCAAGUGUUAAAUACAGCAGCAGGCCUUCAAGAAAUGAACAGUCGCACUGCACAGGCUCAGGAGCCAUUAAAGCCGGAGAGCCAUGGGGAUAACAUAUGCGUCGUGACUCCAGAGCGCCUCAUGAACUCGACAGUUACUCUAUAUGAAAGCAACAUGGACAGUACAGACUUCCCUCCCAAUGAAUCUGAAAGCAAAUUGCAGGUGACCGACAGCAGCAACAAUAGUUUACAAAGACUUGCUGUCGCUCCAUCAUUAAAUAGGCAGCCAGACCCCAUACAUAAUAAGCCAUCUUAUAUGGCAAUGACAUCUGCUGCUGAGAGGAAAAGGAAGUUAUUAAGUUCAGUAUCGAACAGCGACAUUACAAAUCAGCACGGUCAUACAACUGCAAAGCGUAUUAAACAAGACAGCAUGUUAAGUUAUAAAGCUCUAAGAGUCCCUAAAUCAACAGAAACUAGAACAAGAAGCUGGAAGCAAAAUGAAGUGCUAAGAAAACGUGUCAGAAACAACGGCAAGGAAAAUGCAACCUUAGACACGAAACUCAAGACAUCCAAAAAAGCAUUUUAAAUUACCUACGUUGAAAUAAAUCCUUGCUUUAUACAGAUUUUAAUUUAUUAGCAAGACAGGAAAGGUGAACUUUCCAUCUGCCCUCUGCACUGUUUCUCACUUACCUGUGGUAGUAGUUAUUCAUUAUACUUUACAAAACAUGUAUUUUUCGAACGCUCGCAUCUGUGCUUUGGUGCAUCCUUCUCUUGCUCUUAACAUGUAAUUGGAAGCUGCAUUGUACUUCACAAAUGGCUGCUUUUGACAUCUCUGCCCUUCGCCAUAUUUCAGUGAAAUAAUCUCUUGCAAUUAGAAUACAGUCAGAAAGAUGGGUGGGGCUCCUCCUUAGCCUGUUUAGCUGGUACAUAGUUGGUACAUGAAGCAGCAUAAAGUUUAAGAAAGAAAUGUUACAAGAUUCCCCUCUUCCUGCUAAUGCAGCUCUUCAUAAAUGACAGGUGGCAUUGAGCGCUCAUCCCUGCAUGCCUGCCCAAUGCAGGGUGCAAACACCUUACAUACUGUGGACCUUUGAAGAAACAGCUCUACUGUAUUCCAGCGAGGAAGGUUCAAAACGGAUCUUAAGCGAUGCGCCUUAAUGUCUUUUGCCUCGCAUUGCUGGCUAACUACAGUGCAUGCAUCAUAAUGCUUGCUUGUGCCUGGUAUGGAGGCAGUGGACUCAGGAAUAUUGUAUGACCUUCCCUGUGCUGAAUUUGGAGUAGGGGUGGAAUGUAUCCAUGGAUUUCAUGACUCAUUGGGACUCGUAGGGAAUGAAUGUAAGUACUUUAGUUUUUAAAAAUUUACCUAAUAAGCCAAUAUACUUGUGGUCCUCCAAGUCCUGUUGGGCUCCAACUCCCAUCAGCCCCAGCCAGCAUAGUCAGUGGCCUAGGGAUGAUGGAAGCUGUAGUUUAGCAGCUUCUGGAGGAACAAAGGUUUCCCACCAUUGGUUUUUUAGGUGCUCUUUUAGUGAAAUUCCUGCACAUGGCAACAUUUCCUUUUUCAAACUGGUGUUUGAAACUAAACCUUCUAACAACUUGAAUGUAAAAAUGUCCUUGUAUUUUUAGUCUGUAUCUGUGUGUCUUAGAUUAACUCUUGUGUUGCUUGUGAAUUAAAUUUUUUUUUGUAAAACCAAA